AUGCUCACACUCAAUUCUUCUGCCGCUUUGCCUAUGUUCUUCUGGAUCAACACGUCUGGAGGCAGCGUGCUGAGUGCUGAUGAUGCAGCGAUGCCUGUUGAAUUCCUCAUCCUGCGGGUCACAGUUGCCCUCGCCUAUGGGCUUGUGGGGGCAAUCGGCUUGCUUGGAAAUUUGGCUGUGCUCUGGGUCCUGGGGAACUGUAACCGGCGAGCUUCCAGCACCCCUUCAGACACCUUUGUCUUCAACCUGGCGCUGUCAGAUCUCGGGCUGGCCCUCACUCUCCCCUUCUGGGCAGCUGAGUCAGCAUUGGAUUUCCACUGGCCCUUUGGAAGUGCCCUCUGCAAGAUAGUCCUGACAGCCACUGUCCUCAACAUCUAUGCCAGCAUCUUCCUCAUCACAGCACUGAGCAUUGCCCGAUACUGGGUGGUGGCCAUGGCUGCAGGGCCGGGCAGCCAUUUCUCUCUUUUCUGGGCCCGUGUAGCCACCCUGGCAGUAUGGGUGGCAGCUGCCCUGGUGACAGCACCUACAGCUAUCUUUGGGGCUGAGGGUGAGAUGUGGGGCGUGCGCCUCUGCCUGCUGCGCUUCCCCAGCAAGUAUUGGCUUGGGGCCUACCAGCUGCAGAGGGUGAUUCUAGCCUUUGUGGUCCCCUUAGGCAUCAUCACCACCAGCUACCUGCUGCUGCUGGCAUUUCUGCGGCAGAGGCAGCGACGGCGGCAAGACAGCAAAGUCAUAGCUCGUUCUGUCCGUAUCCUGGUGGCCUCCUUCUUCCUCUGUUGGUUCCCCAACCAUGUGGUCACACUAUGGGGUAUCCUGGUGAAGUUUGACCUGGUGCCUUGGGACAGCACUUUCUACAUCAUCCAUACCUACGUCUUCCCUGUCACCACUUGCUUGGCUCACAGCAACAUUUGCCUCAACCCUGUGCUUUACUGUUUACUACGACGGGAGCCCCGACAGGCUCUGGCAGGCACCUUCAGGGAUCUGCGAUCAAGGCUAUGGCCCCAGGGCCAGGGCUGGGUGGAACAAGUGGCCCUAAAGCAGGUAGGCAGGCGGUGGGUAGCAAGCAUCCCCCGGGAGAGUGGCCCUUCUACCAUGCUCAUGAGCAUGGACAAAGGGACACCUGGGUGA